GGCGGCACGGGCUCGUUCGUGAGCGACGACGGCCUCAUCCUGACGAACUGGCACGUCGCGCACGAGGCCGUGCGCGCCGCGUCCCUCGCCGAGGGCGCGGACUUCGUCACCACGGGCUUCGUCGCGCGGAACCGGACCGCGGAGGUCCGCGGGCCCAACACCGAGGUCUGGCUCACGCGGGAGUGCGCGGACGUGUCCGCGGAGGUCGUCGAGGUGCUCCGCGACGGCGACGACGCGCUGACGCGGGCGAACAAGGUCCGGGACCGGCGCCAGGAGAUCGCGGCCUACGCCGAGACCGCGCUGAAGAACAGGGCCGCGGCGCUCGGCGUGAGCGCCGAGGGCGUCCGCUGCGAGGUCCAGGAGCAGUUCGCCUACGAGACCUACGUGCUCUUCACCUACGAGCGGCUCCGCGACGUGCGCAUCGUCUACGCGCCGCCGCGGUCGCUCGGCAACUUCGGCGGCGACGAGGACAACUUCGAGUGGCCGCGGCACACCGCGGAUUUCGCGCUGCUGCGCGCGUACGUCGCGCCCGACGGCUCCGUCGCCGACUACGACGAGGCCAACGUGCCCUUCAGGCCGGACUCGCGGCUGCGGCUCUGCGGCAGCGGCGCGGCCGACGGCGACUUCGUCUUCCUCCUGGGCUACCCCGGGAGCACGAACCGCUACGCGCCGUCGCGGCGGCUCCGCUACGGCGACGAGGUCACGACGCCCGCGCUCAUCCGCGACUUCAAGCGGAAGCUCGAGCUCAUCGGCAAGUACGAGGUCGACGACGACGUCGCGCGGUUGAAGCUCGCGGGCGCGAAGAAGUCGCUGGCCAACGAGCUCAAGCGGAGCGACGGGAAAUUGGUCGUCGCGCGGAAGAUCGGCCUCGUCGAGGAGCGCGGCGACGAGGAGGCCGCCCUCGUCGCAGCCGCGCCGACGGCCGCGGUGCUGCUGCAGGACCUCGAGCGCAUCUACGGCGAGCUCGAGGACGGCGAGGACGCGCUCGACGCGCUCGCGGCGCUCCGCGGCGCGUACUUUGGGUCCUCGCUCCUCGCGGCGGGCCACCACUUCCACGAGGCGUCCGUCGAGCUGAAGAAGCCCGACGCGGACCGCGAGGCCGACUACCGCGACCGGAACCUGCCGUUCCUCGAGCGGCGCCUCGCCGCGCGGCUCGAGGGCAUCCACGAGCCGCACGAGGCGCGACUCGUCGCGGACGCGCUCGACGCGGCGCGCGCGGCGGGCGUGCCGCGCCGGGGCGUCUUCGGGAAAGGCGACAUCGCGCGGGCCGUGCGCGACUCGAAGCUGCGGGCCGGCUGGGUCUUCGCGGAUCUGCGGACCGCCGCGGAGGACCCGGACCCCGCGCUGCUCGAGGAUCCCUUCGUGGUCCUGGCGACGCGGCUCUACCCGCUCUACGCCGCGGUGCGGGAUUCGGGCAAGCGGCUGCUGUCGGACCGCGACGUGUGCCUGUCGGCGCUGCUGGACCUCCAGCGCCAGCACAGCGACGAGCACUUCUGGCCCGACUGCAACGGGGCCCUGCGCGUGUCCGCGGGCCACGUGCGGGGCUACGCGCCCGCGGACGCGGUCGCGCACGGCGCGCGGACGACGCUCGCGGGCUUGCUCGACAAGGUGCUCGAGGCGCGGCUCCGCGGGGGCGCGGACCACUACGAGGCGCCGGACGCGCUCGUCACGCUCCUGGAACGCGACGGCGCCGCGCGGUCGACGCCGUGCUGCCUCCUCUACUCGACGGACACGGUCGGCGGCAACUCGGGGUCGCCGGUGCUCGACGCCCACGGCGACAUCGUCGGCCUCAACUUCGACCGCCAGCGCCAGGGGCUGCUGAACGAGUUCAAGUGGUCCCCGGACUUCUCCCGGUCCAUCGGCGUCGACGUCCGCCUCAUCCUCUGGCUCGUCGGCACCUACGACGGCGCGCCGGAGCUGGUGGCGGAGAUG